CUACACAUGGGGCUUUAGGGUUUGCUCCAGAUCUGUUAAAGCUCCUGGGUCCAAUCCUGGGAAUAUUCCUCGUCCAACAGUGCUUUCUCCUGCCUUGUUUCAGGAAGGCCUACCAGUUGGCUCUGUCUUGUGCCAAGGAAGCUGUUGGCUGAAUAAAAGUUCUGGAGGUCAGAAGUCCUAAAAUCAAGAUCUCAGCAAGGCUGUAUUCUUUCUGGAGGCUCUAGGAAGAAUCUGCUUCCACGUUUUCCCAGUUUCUGGAGGCCUUCCACAUUCCUUUGACAUGUAGCUCCUUCCUCCAUCUCCAAAGCCAAUGAAAUAGCUCUCUCUUCUCUGACCUUCCUGUAAGAAUCAUUGUGAUUACAUUAGAUCCACCCUGACAACCCAAGACAAUCUCCUUACCUCAAGAUCCUUAAUUUAAUCACAUCUGCAAAAUCCUUCUUGCUAUCUAAGCUACCAUGUCUACGCAGAGACUUCGGAAUGAGGACUACCAUGACUACAGCUCCACAGACGUGAGCCCUGAGGAGAGCCCAUCUGAAGGCCUAAACAACUUCUCUUCCCCCGGCUCCUACCAGCGGUUUGGGGAAAGCAACAGCACAACAUGGUUCCAGACUUUGAUUCACCUGUUAAAAGGCAACCUUGGCACAGGACUCCUGGGGCUGCCUCUGGCAGUCAAAAAUGCAGGCAUCUUGAUGGGUCCCCUCAGCCUGCUGGUGAUAGGCAUCGUAGCUGUGCACUGUAUGAGUAUCCUGGUGAGAUGUGCGCACCACUUCUGCCGCAGACUGAACAAGCCCUUUGUGGACUAUGGGGACACAGUGAUGUAUGGACUGGAAUCCAGCCCCAGCUCCUGGCUCCGGAACCACGCACACUGGGGAAGGCACAUUGUGGACUUCUUCCUGAUUGUCACUCAGCUGGGAUUCUGCUGUGUCUAUUUUGUCUUUUUGGCUGACAACUUUAAACAGGUGAUAGAAGCGGCCAAUGGGACCACCAACAACUGCCAUAACAAUGAGACGGUGAUUCUGACGCCCACCAUGGACUCGAGACUCUACAUGCUCUCCUUCCUGCCCUUCCUGGUGCUGCUUGUUUUUGUCCGGAACCUCCGAGCCCUGUCCAUCUUCUCUCUGCUGGCCAACAUCACCAUGCUAGUUAGCCUGGUUAUGCUCUACCAGUUCAUUGUCCAGAAUAUCCCAGACCCCAGCCACCUUCCCUUGGUGGCAUCCUGGAAGACCUAUCCUCUGUUCUUUGGCACAGCCAUUUUUGCAUUUGAAGGCAUUGGGAUGGUUCUGCCCCUUGAAAACAAAAUGAAGGAUCCCCAGAAAUUUCCGCUCAUCCUAUACAUGGGAAUGACCAUCAUCACUGCCCUCUACAUCAGUCUGGGGUGUCUGGGGUACCUGCAAUUUGGAGCUAAUAUCCAAGGGAGCAUAACCCUCAACCUGCCCAAUUGCUGGCUGUACCAGUCAGUCAAGCUGCUGUACUCCAUCGGCAUCUUCUUCACGUACGCCCUCCAGUUCUAUGUCCCAGCUGAGAUUAUCAUCCCCUUCUUCGUGUCCCGUGUGCCCGAGCACUGGGAGCUGGUGGUAGACCUGUUCGUGCGCACCGUGCUGGUCUGCCUGACGUGCGUCUUGGCCAUCCUCAUCCCCCGCCUGGACCUGGUCAUCUCUCUGGUGGGGUCUGUGAGCAGCAGCGCCCUGGCCCUCAUCAUCCCGCCCCUCCUGGAGAUCACCACGUACUACUCGGAGGGCAUGAGCCCCCUCACCAUCGCCAAGGACGCCCUGAUCAGCAUCCUGGGCUUCGUGGGCUUUGUGGUGGGGACAUAUGAAGCCCUCUACGAGCUGAUCCAGCCAAGCAAUGCUCCCAUCUUCAUCAACUCCACCAGUGCCUUUGUAUAGCAAUCUGGGUGCAUUCCCUGCAGCUACCCACCCCACCUCUGUGUGUUCCCCAGAACCUGGCCCCAGAGCCUCGGGUAGGGUUCAGGCUCUGGGGGAAGGCAGGGUUGCUGUCGGGGAACCCCUCUAGCUGACACCUAGGUACCCUGGGCCAGGUGGGGCUGAGGGCAGAGGAGAGGAUGGGUAGCAGAUAUGCAGAAGUCCCUCUUAGUGGCAAUGCCAUCCCUGUGCAUUUGUACUUAUUUAACCCAGAACUUUUCAACUGUUUUCCUUUAUGAUGUCUCUUCCCUUACUCACCCCCCCCUUCUGACCCACCUCAUUUGAUUUAUUCCUGUUGCACAGCUCACUUUAUUUAAAAAUCUUAGCAUCCCCCACCUCAUGUUUUCUCUUUUCCAGGCCCAGGCCUGGAUUAAAUGAGUGGGAACCACCCUCUCUUUAUAAGGCUAGGCCUCUCUCUUUGUCAUACCUCUCCCAAAUAUUUUACCUCAGUAUCCUCCUAGCUAUCCAAGUAUUCAGGAGGUGCCUGGACCUACCUAGUAGUUUAAAACCAGCCCCCAAAGCUGGAGCUUUUAAUCUUUUACUCUCUCUGGCUUGUGACCCUCAGCAACACCUUCUCUGAAUUCCUUGUGUGGGUCACGAUGUUAUAUUCUUAGUUGCUUUAGCUUCUGAAAGAUAUCAAGUGCUGCCUAAAUUGAAAAUAUUUAUAUUUUAUUUAAAAUUAGCUUCUGUUUUUAGACUCUGUCUCUAGAUCUGGGGUUAUUAUGAAUUGUUCCUUCCUUAGUAAACUUUUACUAGGCUUCUCCUGCGGAAAAGAAACUUGCUCCAGGAAAUGUGUGCUUUGGUACUCAGCACUCUUGGCUGAGUACCCCAAAGGUUUUAAUCAGGAUCAUCUAAAUGUGUACCUCUGUGGGGAGGCAUGGACUUUGCCUCCCAUCGACCAGCCUGAUUUCAUAUUGAGAAGAUAUGAAGGACUCAGGAUAUGUUUGCCGGCGCACUAGGCCAAGGAAAAAAUGGCCACGUGGGAUGUGCUUCUGUCCACAGGAGGCUUACAAGAUGGGUGCUUUGUGCACUUGGGCCUGUUUUUCAGCCUCAGCCCCUGACAGGCACAUGGCACAGUAGCGUUCAGUCUCCAGUAUGUUGGGGAGACACCCACACUUUGCCGUGCAUGAGAAGAUGAGGCCAGUGUGCACAGAGAGUGCGAAAUUAAGUUCAUAGAAUUAAGAAGCAGCUGGUCUGAUACUAUGUGUGGUGCUUGGUCGUUUACAAUCAACGAGGGACAGGGAGAAGCAGUGCCCUGCCCCAAGCUGCCUCCAUGACCUAGACUUCUAAAGGGAACCACUCAGUAGGGACUUUGGUCCCUUGUGUUCUAAACACUAAUUAUGACCCCGUCCCUCCCCUGCAUGCCUCCCUGAGUGUCAGAAAUAGUCUCAGUGAUGGCUCACCUCAAGGUCAGCCUUGAGAUUUGGGAACAGACUGCAGAGAAAGCAGAGAAAGGUGAAUUGCCUUGUUUGAGCUGUCUCUUCUUGCCUCUUAGUGUGAGAACUAUUCAGAAGGGCAUUCAUGAACUCUCCAUCCCCUGAGCUGUGUGCGUGUGUGUGUGGUGAGGUGUGUGUGUGUGUGUUCAUGCAUGUGGACAAGGUCAUCCUCCAUUGCUGUUACCAGCCUCUUGCUUACUUGGAGAUGCAGUUCACCUCGAAAGUUGGAGAGCAGCAUGCGUCAUCAGGGCUCAUGUUUUUUGUGUGUUUCACCAAAGCUCGUAAGGGCUGUGAUCCCCUGACCCAGCCCUACUUUUCUCUUCUGCUCCAAAGCCAAAUUGUCAUUACAGUGACUCCCAACCUACUAAUAAUUUAUUAACUAAGGGACAUGUGAUCAGUUGUGACUUGGACUCCCUGAGGAGAACGAUACUUUUCACCACCCUUUCUGUAGUUGCCAAUAGGGGCUUAUAGGACCAAGACUCCAGCUGGAGGUGGCAACGGCGUGCCCCAUGAAGUCUCAGGCCUAGAAGUUACCAGAUUGGGUUCAAGGGUUGUUCUCUUCUGUUUGGAAGCCCCAGGAUCUAGCCGUCUUUCCACGGCAGUCCUUAGAGUUGUUUUCAGUGAGAAGGCGUGUGCCAGAGGAAAGGGAUCAGAUGUGUGUCCUCCCCACAUUUUCUGUGGUGGAAGUGUCUGUGACUCAGGAAGCUGCGAGAGGCCGUCCUGUCCAGGUGAAUAGUAAGACUGGACCUGAGGACUGGGUGGUGCAUAACUAUGGUCCUCUGGCCCCAGGUCUUUAGCAAAAUGUAGCCUCAUUGCUUCAGGGUCCCUAGCCUGGGAAAUGAGGUGAGAGGAGAGAUGGCGCUAGCUUCGGGGUUUUUGGAAGCUAAUUUGACACAGCCUUCUCCCUGUUUGGUCUUUUCCCUGUGCUCUUGCUGCUUCAGAAGACCCAGGCCGAGGGGGUGAGGGCAUCCUGUGAGUGGGCCUUUCUCAGUGUGCAGUUGCUAGCACUUAGGUGUCAAGUAAAGGGUCAGCCAGAAGACGGAAGUGAGAGGAAGCCCUUUCUCUUCUCCUGGAAGCAGCCCUCUGGGCCAGCUCAGGGAAGCUUACUCUUCUGCCCACGAGGCUUCUUCAGUUGGAGAGCCUUCCCUGGUUUCUUCCCAUUGCCCCUCAGGAACCAGCUGCCCAGCUUCUCCCUGUGUCCUGCUCUGGUCCCUGGCAAAAAAGGCCCAGCAUAAGCAGAAGUCUGAUCAAGGAGCAACAGAGCAAGGCUCUCUGGAGUGUGAGGCUGCAUCUGCAGGGCCAAAGGCAAACUGUGGGAUUUUCUGGCCCCAUAACUGUUAGGCGCUGUGUCUGUUCCCCAGCCUCCCCAGUGCAGCCUCAGAUUUCCAUUAGCCUAGAGGUAGCUUCUCAGAGCCCCUCGUUCCUUCCUGCAUAUGCUGCUGUCAAGAGGUUUCCCACUCUGUUGGGAAGAGUCGGAAUGCAGGUAUUCGUUGGGAAGAAUGUGAUCUGGUGUCUUCUAUUUAAUUUUUCUAGCCAUUGUCAACAUUUACAAGUGUCAUUAUUUAUAUUGUGCUGCUGUCCACCUGGCUAGGAGCCCUUCACCUGCACAAACGCAGGCCAGCCGUAUGUGAAUGUGUGUCGUGUCUUAGCUCAGAACCUGCAGCUCAUGCCAUCCCUCUCUUCCCCUCACCUCUCCAGCCAAAUUCAUUGGCUGGUGCUCACUACUUACUCUACCCCCAUGAAAGGUACAAUUUGCAGUUUUUUCAGUUGUCUUAAAGUGAUGAUCCCAGAAAGGGAUCUUAGGGAAAUCUGUCCCCCUGCCCUGUUCUCUGGCUUCCUUUUUUCUUCUCAAAUGUCUCCCUUCCUGAAUUAUAGAAUAUCAUCUCUGUUUGACACUACAUAUUCACCUCAUGUUUUCUGGAAGUGCAAAAUCUCACUUUAUCUCUGUUUACAGCUCUCUCUACUCACUACUCACAGCAGAGGAGUCCACAUCAGUGGGUUUUAUUUCAUAGCCAGUCAGAUGUUAAGGCAGACCCCGGCAUUGGCCCUGGUCGGAACACAAAGCCACUUCCUUCCAGCAGAGACACAAAGUCCAAGUGGCACAACGUGAUUAGGGAGUCGGCUCCAAAGUCUGCCUUAGAAUUAAAUUUUCCAAAGUACAUUACAAAUCUCCAAGACCAUUAGGGGAAAAGGAGAGGGUGUAGUUUGUGCUUGCAAUCAUGAUCAAUACUUUUAGAUAAUUUAAUUAGUCCCGCUGUUCGCAAGGCUGUUUGCUCUGACAGCAUCAGCUUGUGAUAUUUCUUCCCUGUUCUUUGUACCACUGGGCCAUUUUCAGGCCAGGGGAUGUAAGUGGUGCUGAUAUGUGGUUACUGGAAGGAGGAGUGGGGGAUGAGGGUGGAGGGUGCCUGUUUUAAGCCAUGUUCUUUUGUUUCAAUCAAGGUGAUGCUGGGGAAGUUGUUUUGUUUUAGUGAACAAUAAAAUUAUGUGACUCUCUUGUAAACCACGUCAAUGAAUGUGUGAAUAAAAUGAAUAUGAGAAACUACCAUCCCCAGGUCUUGGUAACCAGACAGUGCCGUGUAUAUUAUACUGUGUAUGUGCCUACAUGGAUGUCUAUUUCUCGCAUGGUAUGUGUAGAGAUGUAGAUCAUGCAGGAGCUCAUAGAAGAAUUUUUGUGUUCUGCACAUGUAUCAUGUGUUAAACUUUUCCUUUAUCAAUAAACGAGUUUUAUUUUUUAUUUUUGA